AUGCCGGUUCAUUCCCGAGAGAAGAAGGAGAAUAACCACAAUGACAUGGAGGUGGACUACCCGGAGAAUGAGGGCAGCAGCUCCGAGGAAGAGGAUACCGACAGCUCCAGCGGCAGCGAGGAGGGAGACAGCUCGGAGAUGGAUGAUGAGGACUGUGAGAGGCGACGAAUGGAAUGCCUUGAUGAAAUGUCAAACCUCGAAAAGCAGUUUACGGAUCUUAAAGAUCAACUUUAUAAAGAGCGGUUGAGUCAAGUAGAUGCCAAAUUACAGGAAGUAAUAGCUGGUAAAGCUCCAGAAUACCUAGAACCACUUGCUGCUUUGCAGGAGAACAUGCAGAUCCGGACAAAGGUGGCAGGGAUAUAUCGUGAGUUGUGCCUAGAGUCUGUAAAGAACAAACAUGACUGUGAAAUCCAGGCUGCCCGCCAACACUGUGAGAGUGAGAAGCUUUUAUUGUAUGACACUGUUCAAAGUGAACUAGAAGAGAAGAUUCGCAGACUGGAGGAAGACCGUCACAGUAUUGAUAUUACAUCUGAGCUGUGGAAUGAUGAACUACAGUCGAGGAGGAAACGUAAAGACCCCUUCAGCCCUGAUAAGAAGAAGAAGCCUGUUGUUGUCUCUGGUCCAUAUAUUGUUUACAUGUUACAAGAUCUGGAUAUACUUGAAGAUUGGACUACAAUCAGAAAGGCCAUGGCAACACUGGGUCCUCAUCGGGUAAAGCCAGAAGUUACAGUAAAGAUGGAGAAACAUCAGCACGCAGCAAGAUCUGAGGACGGGAGGCUGCAUUAUGAUGGAGAGUGGUACGGCCGAGGGCAGACUAUCUGUAUAGACAAGAAAGAUGAGUACCCAACCAGUGCCGUCAUCACAACUAUAAAUAGCGAUGAGGUUUGGUUUAAAAGACAAGAUGGCAGCAAAUCAAAACUAUACAUUUCUCAGCUUCAAAAAGGGAAAUAUAGCAUCAAGCACAUCUGA